UCGGGGGUACCGAUUAGGCGCAGUUUCAGUCUUGGGCCGUUCGGACAAGACCUUUCCUUGUUUCAUGAAGAGCAAACUCAUUUUCUCGCAUUCCCUUCGUUGUGUCGCGACACGAAGAUGCGUUAAAAGUAACCAACCAUGUCCACGGAGGAGAUAGGCAUGUUUUCCGCGACACUUUCGUCCGUCUUGCUCCUUCUGUUUUUCGGCCGUGCGGCGAAUGCUCAAAGAAGCUUAGAAUUUUUCGAUCUUCUGCCGGAGGAUCCAAAGUUUUAUGACAAAAUGCGACCUCCCAAGAAAGACGGCCAGGCAACCGUAGUGUAUUUUCACGUUACCGUUAUGGGACUCGAUUCCAUCGACGAAAAUUCAAUGACAUACGCUGCUGACAUUUUCUUUGCCCAAACAUGGAAGGACAAUAGGCUUCGAUUGCCGGAAAACAUGACAUCCGAGUAUAGAUUACUGGAGGUCGACUGGUUGAAGAACAUGUGGCGGCCGGAUUCCUUCUUUAAAAACGCGAAAUCGGUGACUUUUCAAACUAUGACGAUACCGAAUCAUUAUCUGUGGCUAUACAAGGACAAAACCAUUCUCUACAUGGUGAAACUGACCUUAAAACUCUCUUGCGCCAUGAAUUUUCUUAUUUACCCCCACGAUACUCAGGAAUGUAAACUGCAAAUGGAAAGUCUGUCGCACACGACGGACGAAAUGAUUUUCCAGUGGGAUCCCGAUGUUCCUCUCGUUGUAGACGAGAACAUCGAGUUGCCCCAGUUGCAACUCGUUAAGAAUUAUACAGCCGACUGCACGCAAGUCUACUCCACGGGUAACUUCACCUGUCUCGAGGUCAUAUUCGUGCUGAAGCGACGUCUCGGUUAUUACAUGUUCCACACCUAUGUUCCAACGUGCUUGAUCGUCAUCAUGUCGUGGAUGUCGUUCUGGAUAAAACCCGAGGCCGCGCCUGCCAGAGUUACCUUAGGGGUCACCUCGUUACUCACCCUGUCCACGCAGCACGCCAAGAGCCAAGCCUCGUUACCGCCUGUUUCGUAUUUGAAGGCCGUUGAUGCCUUCAUGUCGGUUUGCACAAUGUUCGUGUUUAUGGCGCUGAUGGAGUAUUGUCUCGUGAACAUUGUCCUCGGUGACUCGGAUGCGAAACCCGUGCCCCCGCCGCCACCCCCGACGACGACGAGCACCGCGGAUUCGGCUAAGCUCGACAAGAUCUUCGAUAUCGCCACCAAGGAAUGCGCAAUGUUGUUAUCCUGCCGAUCGCAGAAAUCACCGGCCGCCCCAUCAUCCGGACCCACCCCGGCGCAAAGGGCGCGGAUACGCGCCCUCAACAUUGACCGUGUCUCGCGCGUUUUCUUCCCCUUUCUGUUCGCCGUGUUGAACGUCACUUACUGGAUAAUGUUCGCCGAAUACAUUUAAACGACAGUGACGAGGUAACUCGCGAAAGAAUGAUUGUAUGGCUGUCGGUGUACUCCGAAAGAAACGAACAAGAGGAAGGACGACAACGAAGAUACGUGUCGAUGAUAAAACCAGCGGCGGUACGUAGAUAUAUGUGAAGCAUAUAUCAAAGAGCAAUACGAUUCUUUUGGAAAAAUUUCUUUAUUAUCUAACGCAAUAAACGGUUUAAUCCCGAAAACGAAUCCCGAUGAAAUUAGCGGAGAUUCGCAAUGAAAAAACGUUAUGGAAUACUGGAGGAGAAUCGAAGGAAAAUACAACUAGUGCGAAUAAUAGGCGUAAAAUCUAGUGUAACAUAUAAAGGCUUCUAAAAUGUCUCUCUUUCACAUAUGCGCACGCACACACUCACACACACACACACACACACACACACACACGCACACUCUCUCUCUCUGAGAUUUUUACUCUUUCGAAUUUAUUCCCUACGAGACAUAUUGUAAAGGCUUUAUUAUAUUAUCAUCGUAUUGUUACAAUACAUGUGUAAACUCUUUCUCAUCCGACUUUUUAUCUUUUCAUCUUUGAGCACUUUAACACAAUAUGAGGAAUUUACAAACAAUUUUGCAAAACGGUAUACUAAAAUGAUUAUAAAAUCACGCGAUGUGCUUUGAUUGUUAAUUUGAAAACAAAUUUAUUGCGGGCCGCUUGAAAGUAAGAUAUUCGCUAUGCGCGGCGCGGAUGUAACAACGCACGGAACAUUUCCGCGCGUUACUACGUUCUUUAUAAAUGAUUUAAAAUGAUUUUCCCUUCUUUUCCAUUUCAUUAUCGUGCAUUUAUAUUUAGCCAUCUCUUAGUCGUGUGUUUUAACAAACGAAGACGCUAUUUGCAGCCAGUGUGGCAUCCUUGUACGUACAUAAGUAUUAGACGCGUAAUCUAAGAUUUAAAGCAGAUGAGAAUGUUUCCAGUCGCAACAACAGAGAUAUCGUCAUCGAGCCUACUUUGUCCUAUUCUGUUACACAAAUCUUUUUCCGUGUACCUACUCACACACACACGAACGAAUGUAUACGCGUCAGACAUUCUAUGUACGUGUAUACACACAAGUUAUUGUAAAUGUUGUUUUCGUUAAAUAAUGUUCUUAUUUGUAUGAUAAACGUGUACAAUCGCCCGAGUAGCUCAGGAUCAACGACGUACGCUAAGGUUGCGUAUUAAGAAUAUAGAAAAUGUCGUCAUGUUUACUUCAGCUUCGCACCAUGCUUUGUUCAUCGUAUAAAACUUGUAUCUCGACGCGAAGGCCUAAUAGAAAAUUCUCAGACGCACAGUUUGUAAUGUUGUCAAUCUGGUAAUACGCGUCUAAUGAAAACAUAUAAACCAAAUCUUGGAUUUUGAUUUUUAAAUAUUAUAAAGGAAUGCGCGUUACUAAAUCUUUGCGUCAUCGAAAUGUUAUCGCAAUAAGUAACAUUGAAUGUUUCACUAACGUAUCUAUAUUAUACAUCUGUAUAACGU